AUGGCCGAGGCGAUGCUGUCAUGUCAGUGGGCGUUCUCUGGGCCAAACAAAGGCUUCGAGCGGCAUUACAACUGCGCACAAAUCGUCGAAUAUAAACGAUCUACCAGUCAAAUUGCCGAGCUGCUCGCUUGCAAAACAGCCCUAGAUUUACUGGAGGAUCGCUACGAGACCGCUACAGAUAACCCGCUUUAUGGUGAUCGACCAAAUGUGGUGCUUAAAUCCGACUCUGCCUAUCUUGUCCAGGGGAUCACCGAGUACAUGCCAAAGUGGGUUGCAAAUGGAUUCAUCAACUCCAAGGGACUACCUGUAGCCAAUCAGGAGCUCUGGCAAGAAGUUGACCGGCUCCUGACCCUGCUCGAGACUGGUGGCAUGCGCAUCCAGUUCUGGCUUGUGCCUCGAGAGCAAAACACGGAGGCAGAUGCCCUCGCUAGAUGGGCGAUGAGAAAUCCAACUAGUGACAAGUAUUCUUAUCUUACGGUGCAGGACAAGAUGUGGAUGGGGCUGUCAUCGGCAGAGCAGGAUGAAGAAGAGCUACAUGAAAUUUGGGGGACUGGUGAUUUUGUCCUUGAGUAA